CAGCACGAAUGACAGCAACGAGAUGUCCUACUAUAGAAGCAGUGAAUGGAUUAAAACCUACGCCAUAUCAAUGGGAGCGAAUUCGUUAAUCUAUAAUUCCAUACUCAAUAUAGGACGUCCUUCAACAUGGAAUGUGGACAAAUGCAUUGGUAGCUAUUGUCCGAAUUUUUUCCGACACCCUCUGCUUGAUAUGUGGAACAAACUUCCGAUUGAUGAGGUGAAACUUGUAUUGUACAAAAACCAAGCAGUUGUGGUAACGAUGGUGUUUGAUGGACGAAAUACAAACCUUGAAAAUUGGUUCUCAGUCGAAAAUCUGAGAAGUUCCCCAUGGAAUGAUCUAAGUUCCCUAUCUUAUGGCCAAAGUACCCCAUGGAAUGAUAAAACGAGUGGCAGAAUAUUUUCAAUGAAAGGAUUCAUAGACUUACGCCGUUUCUAUACGUCAUCCAGUCAUGGUGGGUGCAACGUUGACAAAGGCUGGUUGACUGUCAACGAAGUGUUUGAUGAAUGCGAAUGGGAGAAAUCGGACCAUUUUCCUAGAAUCCUCUAUUCUGAAAUAAAGGAAGCGACCGUAUGGCAUGAUGGAUACGGAGUCGCUGAUUCCAUGGCCAUCUUCAUCCGCCUGAGACAAAACUGACCAAUCACAAUUUAUAUCUAAUGCACCUACCGUUGUUGUUGAGCACCGUCCAUUCCAAAAUGACCACCACCACUGAGCACGUGUCAGCUAUUGUCACCGAAUAAAGUUUCCACUUUAACUACUCACAUUUCUCCCCCGCCCCCACGCUCUCUCUCUCACUCCACCUUUCACUGUCACUGUCACUCCACCUCUCACUCUCACUUCACUCCCACCUCUCACUCUCACUCCACCUCUCACUCUCACUCCACAUCUCACUCUCACUCUCACUCAACAUCUCACUCUCACUCCACCUAUCACUCUCACUCUCACUCCACCUUUUACUUUCACUCCACCUUUCACUCUCACUCCACCUCUCACUCUCACUCUCACUCAACAUCUCACUCUCACUCAACAUCUCACUCUCACUCUCACUCCACCUUUUACUUUCACUCCACCUUCACUCUCACUCCACCUCUCACUCUCACUCAACCAAUCACUCUCACUCUCACUCUCACUCUCACUUCACUUCCACCUCCCUAACUAACAGGUGAACGAACAGGUAGAUUAUUAUACAGAUUUUAGUUCUAAUUUUAAUUUUAAACCCCUCUUUUUGUCUUCUCUUAUAUUCCUUUUUUUUUUAAAUUAAUUAUCUGUGAAAAGUCGUCGGAUAUUUAUCUCAAAACCCGUCCUUUUGCACAUAAUUGAAUUUCACGAAUUUGGAGAGAAAUCUUCAAUGCAUCUGUUAAUGCAAAAUGUUGCCAUCGAAACAAAGUGCAGCAAGUUUUAUCAACUUACCUCUACGCACUGCCGCAAUAUCUACAAAAAAAUAUUUCUUUCUGCAUUUGGCAUUUUAAAGAAUCUUUAAUGAAUUUCUCAAACUGUCUUUAGAACACUGCUCUCUACAUCCUAAAGACAAAGAGCACCGAGUCUUUCAUUGUGGUCCUCAGAUAAUUCUUUAUCAGACCCAAUUUACUCAAUGACCUCUCUCUCUCUCUCUUGAACACUUUGUGACCAUCAAUCUCAAAAUUAUUUUAAGGGCUUCAUUAAUACAAGGAAAGGGUUCAUUCAGCAAGCCCUUCGUUAUGGAUUACUCCUACUCCUAGCGAGGUUGGCUUUAAACCAUGUGACAGUGAAGAUGCGUGGCUUAGCGGUUCGUGUAUUUCGCUCAUGAAAGUAAGGUCCAGAGUUCAAUUCCCGUCACCGCAUUGUGUCCUUGGACAAAACACUUUAAUUCACGUUACUGCAGUUGACUCAGUUGGCAGAAAUGAGUAGUACCUGUAAUUCACAAGGGGCCAGCCUUGUUAUAUUCUAUGUCAUGCUGAAUCUCCCUCACAAAUACGUUAAUGGUAUGCAUGUCUGUGGAGUACUCAACCACUUGCAAGUUAAUUGCACGAACAGAGUGUUCCGUUGAUCAGAUCAGCUGGAACCGACUUAGUGCCAGUAAAAACCACAAGAUGACCUCCACUGGUAUUGUACCAAAGAAAGUAGUGGUUUUCUGAUUGCAGCCCUCCCGUGAAAUCUGGCUUUGUGCAGCUACUGGUGAACAGUUUUUGUGGAAACUGGGUUCUCAAAGUGGUCAUUAAGCUCUGCAGUAAUUUUGGGAGCUGUACUUUUGUGAUCCUUACUAAUAAUUUGUGUAAGAGUCCAAUGGUCCCUAUCUGAAAGCUUUGGUUUUUUUUCGGAGUUUUUGUUUUGACGAGGAGAUUUUUCCCUCUUUCUCAAAGGCUGUCAUUACUUUCGAAACAGUAUUUCUUGAUACACCAAACAUUUCAGCUGUUUUGGUUACGCUAGCACGUGUCAUACGAGCACCAACAACUUGUCCUCUUUGAAAGUCCGAUAGAUCUGUCAUUUUAAUGAAUUUUAAUUACCUUUUUCUGGUGAUAUCUGAAAAGAAACAGCAAUUUUAGCAAAACAUAUUAAGCAACACUAAUUAAAAAACCAAAAAACAUAAAAAUAAACAAGCUUUUGGCGGUUUUAUAGAUAUUUCAAAACUUUGAUGCUAUUUUGUCCAACCCCUGUAUAUGUGUGUGUAUAUAUAUAUAUAUGGAUUCUUAGACAACACAAUACAGAACUAUAUAACCAACUAUAUACAACUAUAUACCACAACAACAACACCUCUACCACAAUCACCAUAACAACCACCACCACCAACAACAACAACAACCACCACCAAAACAAGAGCAACAAUACCCUAUUGAUCACACGCCUGUCUAUCUACCCAGUACGUUUAAUGAAACGUGCCUUGUUAUAAUGAAUUUAUAAUAAACCGAGGGUCCUUUUGUUUUCUGUUGGGAAACAAUAUUUGAAGUGGACAAUCAUCGGUGUGAAUGGUAUGAAUACCAGCAACAAUUACUGGACAGUUGUGGACAGUUUUCAUAUCAUUGGACGUUAGUUACAGCAGGAAUCAUUGCUGCUAUCAGCGGACAGUCUGAGAACCUAAGCUCUGUCUUGGCAUUCAAAGAGAGUGCUAACCUCUGUCGCAGUUUUGGAAGCAGGGGAUAAUAUUGAGAUUUUUAGGCAGUCUUUAUAUUUGCGGACAUUACUAUUAAAAGUGGACGGUUGUUCGAGCAGUGGACAUUACUAUUAAAAGUGGACGGUUGUUCGAGCAGUGGACAUUACUGGACAGUAAUAGGGGACAGUCCUGACGUCAGUAACUCGGUUGACCACGAAACACAUAGGUGCUGCCUUUUUCGUCAACAAACAAAGUCAAAACCAAAAAUGCUGCUGCUGCUUCUAAUCCUUGCAACGAUCCUGACCGUUUCCUCGAAUCAGGGAUCUCCUGGAGCCUACUACAAAUCUUUGGUCCCUGGUUACUCCUAUGAUUACGUUCGGACAUCAACAGAAGAAUUCUCCACAACAAGAAGUCUACUGGAAUGUU